AAUAAGUCUUACGAGGACUAUAUCAAUAAGCUUCAGUUAGAGAAGUGGGACACUAUAGAGGAACUCUAUCAAUCAAAGUUACAAGUUUUUCAUCUCCAGGCGGAGCUUCAAUCUAAGAGAGCGGGGAGCAAAAGGUUAAAGAACAGUAGACAACGUAAGAGGGCUAAGAGACGCAAGUCCUUCUAG